CUCUAAAAGUCUACAUCAAUUUUUAGUCAUAUAAAAAUGUACUAGAAAACCAAUAAACUUUAUCAUAAGAUUCAGUAUGAACUAUUAAUGUGUACACUACUCCAAAAGUUGUCUAUUUGAAAAGAUGAAUUCAAUUGAGAUGAAGAUUAGAGAAGAGCUCGAAAGGGAUGUUGAGAGGGAUUUAGAGGAUGAAAUUAAAGAAGGAAUUUGUCAAUUAGCCCUAAGAUUACAUAGGCUUUACAAACAUCAAGAGGAAAAUAACACAAAGAAAUCAAUUGAUGAUCAUGGUACAAGAGAUAUUACGCGAGGUACGAAUACUAAAGCUCUCUCUGAAGUGAAUAUAAAUAUAAAGAUGGAAGGAGGGACUAAGAUUGAAAUAAAAGAAACCAAGAAAGAAGCACAUCGUCCGAGAUCUAAUAAGGUGUCGAGUAACGUAGAGAGAAUGGUUAGUACACGUCCACCAAAAUUUGAUUGGACACAGAGUUUAAGGUCUGGACAGACUCCCAUUACUGGUUAUGAUAAGAUCGAUACUUCCAGAAAGCAGGUUAAAAAUAUUAUCAGUAAGAAUGGUCAGCAAAAUGUUAAAGUCAUCAAAAGUGUGGGGAAAAAAUCUACUAGAGGUUUGAAGUAGAGGGAAGAGAGUUUAAAAUUUGGAAGUCAAUAACAUAAUGUUUAAGUAUUGUUGUUUUGGGUUUUUUGUUUGACCUAACUUUGGGAUAUUGUUCUUGUUUGAUUUAGUAGGGUUACUAUUAUGUUGUGUGAUAUAAUAAGCCUCAAAGAAUAGCAUUGACGAUGAUACAUUUGUUGUUUAUUUUUAUGGGAUUUGAGGGUUGAAGUACUAAUAGGUCUUGAAUAGAGUGAUUCAAAUAUAUAUUUAAAGUUUGUGAGUUUAGAAUUUGAAAAUUAGAAAUUCUGAAAUUUAUUAUAGGAAAUGUUACGAGGCUAAGCAAAUUUAUAGUACUUAAUUACUCAUCAUAGUUAUAGUUGUUAUAAUUAUCAUUCGCGACUAACAUUAUAUAUUAAAUACGUGGUCUGACUUGAGUUUGUAUAAUCAGUCACGUUUGUAUAUGUAUAAUUCGCCACAUUUGUAUAAUUCGCAAGUAACAAUUCUUUGUAUGAUUUGUAUUGUA